GACAUUUCGGGGAGCAAGAGCUUGGCAGCGUAUACGCGACUAAAAAAUAACUUCCCCCUCCCCAACCAGACUCUCCUCCCAGCUGAGCUGAGCCGAGCUCGGCUCGGGCCAGCCCGGAGGGAAUUGCUGCUGGGAGCCCCAGGCGAGAGGUGCACGGGAAGCUCACCUGCUGCUCCCUGCAGUGCUUUCCUUCCCGGUCCCACCCCUACCUUUCCCCGAAGACCCCUUUCUCACCUUCCUUCUGCUGCACGCUUGCCCCCUAGAAGUAACUUUUGUAGUCUCACCUCGCCUCCGGGUCCUUUUUACCAGAGGCUGCGCCGAGUCGGAGCCCGAGCACAGGAGCUGUUAGGAGCACUGGCUGCUUUUCGCCAGAGUACCACUUUGCUCCUGGCUUGGUUUGCAUCACCCGCAUCACACCCUAGGUUUCGAGGAACCUGCUUGUCUUCCUCUCAGGCGACCAUUCCCUCUCCCCUUUAUACUCUCUUGUUAGAUCUCUUUCCUUUAUCCCCAACCCCAUCCUUUCUCUCUUUCUCUCUCUCUCUUUUUUCUUUUCCUUUAAUUUUCUUUUUUCCCCUUUGCCUGGGGAAGAAUGGUUGACUUGGAGAGCGAGGUUCCCCCUCUGCCCCCAAGAUACAGGUUUCGGGAUUUGCUGCUAGGGGACCAAGGGUGGCAAAACGACGACAGAGUACAAGUUGAAUUCUACAUGAAUGAAAAUACAUUUAAAGAGAGGUUAAAAUUAUUUUUCAUCAAAAAUCAGCGAUCAAGUCUAAGAAUACGCUUGUUCAAUUUUUCUCUGAAAGUAUUAAGCUGCUUAUUAUAUAUAAUUCGAGUGCUUCUGGAUCCUCCACCACAAGGAAAUAAAUGGUAUCAUAUCUUUUGGGUGACGAGAUGUCUACCAUUAUGGGGCUUACAGGUUUCAGUGGCCUUGAUAAGUCUCUUUGAAACAGUGUUACUAGGUUAUCUGAGUUAUAAGGGAAAUAUUUGGGAGCAGAUUUUACGCAUACCUUUCAUCCUGGAAAUCAUUAAUGCUGUCCCCUUCAUCAUCUCAAUAUUCUGGCCUUCCUUAAGAAAUUUAUUUAUCCCCGUCUUUCUAAAUUGUUGGCUUGCCAAACAUGCUUUGGAAAAUAUGAUUAAUGAUCUUCAUAGAGCCAUUCAGCGUACCCAAUCGGCAAUGUUUAAUCAAGUUUUGAUUUUAAUAUCCACAUUACUUUGUCUUAUCUUCACCUGUAUUUGUGGAAUUCAGCAUCUUGAGCGAGCAGGGAAGAAACUGACUCUCUUUGACUCCCUUUAUUUCUGCAUUGUGACCUUUUCUACUGUGGGCUUUGGGGACGUCACACCUGAGACAGCACUGUCAAAGCUUUUCGUCGUCAUUAUGAUAUGUGUUGCUCUUGUAGUCUUACCCAUACAGUUUGAACAGCUGGCCUUUUUGUGGAUGGAGAGACAGAAGUCUGGUGGAAACUAUAGCCGCCAUAGAGCUCAAACAGAAAAACAUGUUGUCCUGUGUGUUAGCUCCCUGAAGAUUGAUUUACUUAUGGAUUUUUUAAAUGAGUUCUAUGCUCAUCCAAGACUACAGGAUUAUUAUGUAGUAAUUUUAUGUCCAACUGAAAUAGAUGUUCAGGUUCGAAGAGUCCUUCAGAUUCCAAUGUGGUCCCAAAGGGUUAUCUACUUACAAGGUUCAGCCCUGAAAGAUCAGGAUUUAUUGAGAGCCAAAAUGGAUGAUGCUGAGGCUUGUUUCAUUCUAAGUAGUCGGUGUGAAGUUGACCGGACAUCAUCUGAUCACCAAACAAUUCUGAGAGCAUGGGCAGUUAAAGAUUUUGCUCCAAAUUGUCCUUUGUAUGUCCAGAUAUUGAAGCCUGAAAAUAAGUUCCACAUCAAAUUUGCUGAUCAUGUUGUUUGCGAAGAGGAGUUCAAGUAUGCCAUGUUAGCUUUAAACUGCAUAUGCCCAGCAACUUCUACCCUUAUUACACUAUUGGUCCAUACCUCCAGAGGACAAGAAGGCCAGCAGUCACCUGAACAGUGGCAGAAGAUGUAUGGAAGAUGCUCUGGUAAUGAAGUGUACCACAUUAUCAUGGAAGAAAGUACAUUUUUUGCUGAAUAUGAGGGAAAGAGUUUCACAUAUGCCUCUUUCCAUGCCCACAAAAAGUUUGGCGUCUGUUUGAUUGGUGUUAGAAGGGAAGAUAAUAAAAACAUUUUGCUAAAUCCAGGUCCACGUUACAUUAUGAAUGCUACAGAUACAUGCUUUUAUAUUAAUAUCACCAAAGAAGAAAAUUCAGCAUUUAAGAAUCAAGACCAGCUAAGACGAAACAAUGCAUCAAGGUCAUUUUAUCAUGGACCUUCUAGGUUACCAGUACAUAGUAUAAUUGCCAGUAUGGGCACAGUGGCUAUUGACUUACAAGAUACAAGUUGUAGAUCUGCAAGUGGCCCUAAUUUGGCUCUGCCUCCAGAAGGGAGCAAAGAAACCAGAAGACCUAGUAUUGCUCCUGUUUUGGAGGUUGCAGACACAUCAUCAAUUCAAACAUGUGACCUUCUAAGUGAUCAAUCUGAAGAUGAAACAACACCAGAUGAAGACAUUUCUACUAAUUUAGAGUAUGCUAAAGGUUACCCUCCUUAUUCUCCAUAUAUAGGAAGUUCUCCCACUUUUUGUCAUCUCCUUCAUGAAAAAAUUCCAGUUUGCUGUCUAAGAUUAGACAAGAGUUGUCAACAUAACUAUUAUGAGGAUGCAAAAGCUUAUGGAUUCAAAAAUAAACUAAUUAUUGUUGCAGCUGAAACUGCUGGAAAUGGAUUGUAUAACUUUAUUGUUCCUCUCAGGGCAUAUUAUAGACCAAAGAAAGAACUUAAUCCCAUAGUCUUACUAUUGGAUAAUCCGCCAGAUAUGCAUUUUCUGGAUGCCAUCUGUUGGUUUCCAAUGGUUUACUACAUGGUGGGCUCUAUUGACAACUUAGAUGACUUGCUUAGGUGUGGAGUGACAUUUGCUGCCAACAUGGUGGUUGUCGAUAAAGAGAGUACUAUGAGUGCUGAGGAAGACUACAUGGCAGAUGCCAAAACUAUUGUAAAUGUGCAAACUCUCUUCAGGUUAUUUUCAAGUCUAAGUAUUAUCACGGAACUCACUCACCCAGCCAAUAUGAGAUUUAUGCAAUUCCGAGCCAAAGACUGUUACUCUCUUGCUCUUUCCAAACUGGAAAAGAAAGAACGGGAGAGAGGUUCUAAUUUGGCAUUUAUGUUUCGACUGCCUUUUGCUGCUGGGAGAGUUUUCAGCAUCAGUAUGUUGGACACACUUUUGUAUCAGUCAUUUGUGAAGGAUUAUAUGAUUUCUAUCACCAGACUUCUGUUGGGAUUGGAUACUACACCGGGAUCAGGAUUUCUUUGUUCUAUGAAAAUCACAGAGGAUGAUCUAUGGAUCAGAACAUAUGCCAGGCUUUACCAGAAGCUAUGUUCUUCUACAGGUGAUAUCCCCAUUGGAAUCUACAGGACCGAAUCACAAAAACUUAGAACAUCUGAGUCACGAGAAACUGCAUCACAAUCACAAAUAUCAAUCAGUGUAGAAGACUGGGAAGACACCAAAGAUACCAAAGAACAAAGUCAUCACCGCAACAACCAUCGCAAUUCAACUUCUAGUGACCAAUCAGACCAUCCUUUGCUGAGGCGAAAGAGCAUGCAGUGGGCACGUAGGCUAAGUAGAAAAGUUCCAAAGCACUCUGGUAAAACAGCGGAGAGAAUAAGCCAACAGCGACUGAACCUGUAUAGGAGAUCAGAAAGACAGGAGCUUGCUGAACUGGUGAAAAACAGAAUGAAGCACCUAGGUCUCACUACAGUGGGAUAUGAUGAAAUGAAUGAUCGUCAAGGCACGCUUUCAUACAUCUUGAUCAAUCCUUCUCCUGAUACAAGACUGGAGGUUAAUGAUGUUGUGUAUUUAAUUCGACCAGAUCCUUUGGCAUACCUUCCAAAUACUGCACCCAGCCGAAAAAGUAGCAUCUGUAAUACCACUGGAGCUGACACUCGAGAAGAAACACAGCUUUGAUACAACUUAAUAAUAAUAAUUUAAAAAAACUAUUUUUUUUCUACAGAGUACCUUGAUUCCAUCAAUACUACUACAGGAAAACAAUGCUGCUGGCAUGAAAUAAAUAGAAUAUAAUUUGUUCUAUUCUAUUAACAAAACUCACCUUGAAUCUUAGAGUAUUUUAAAAGCUAUGUUUUACUUACCAAUGCUAUUUUUUCCAGUGGAUAUUCGAAAGGCAUUAAUGGAGUGAUGCUUAAGAGCAAAAUUCAGAUACAAGACUAAAUAUGAAAUUUAUCAAGGCUUCAAUAUUGAUCAUGACAAAUGGAAGCAAUUUUUUAAAAUUAAUAUUUAAUGGAAGCAAAAAGAAAUUCAAAAUAUAUACCAUACUCUACAUAGAAAAUUAUUUUUGCUUUAAAAAGGCAUUAAAUAUACCAAUAUAUGUUCUUUAAACUGCUAUUUCACAAAAAAAGACAAUUCCCCAGCAAUGUCUUUUGCUUGCAAACCCAGAAGCAAACUAUGUUGUGUGUAGUUGUUAUCAGAACCAUAGCUUCAAUUAGAAUACUUAUUCUCAUAGCAUUUUUGUCUGUCUUUUCCUAUGAUAAUAUAUUCAUUUUGGAAUUGCACUAAAACUCUCUGCAGCAUGCCUUAUUGCUCAUAUAAAAAAGCCAAGGGAACAAAGAAAAGGAAAGGAAACAUGAAGUAUGUGACUUUUUCUUUUUAUAAUUGUGUUAAGACACAUUUACCUAAGCCAGGAAAAUAAGAUUGAACAGAAAAAUACAAUGCUGGAUAGCCAUAUAUGGAACCUUAGCGUGGAAAAUGUUAGUGUAGCUUUCUGACAGUAUACUAAAGUUGUCUUCAUUUCAUUUUUGUUUUUCAGAAUUUAUCAUCUAUUUACAUAAUUCAUUAGAAAAAAAUAGAUUGAAAUUUAAAGAGCAAAUACAGAAUUAUUUCACUGUGUAUUUUUUAAAAAAAUGAAAUUUGGAGUAUGUUUCAAAUUAUUGAAAGAACUCCUUUAUGUCUUUGGUAUUGAAAUAAUCCUAAUGAUAAUUAUUAUAAUAAUAAAAACUUGUGUGGAGAAAUUGGUUUACUCAAUUUAAAAAAUAGAUAAAUAGAAGGAUAGAACAUUUAUCAAAUGCUAUGUCAAACACUGUACUAAAUGUUGAUGAUAGAAGUACAAGCAAAGAAGACAGUCUCAACUAUCAUAGUGUUUGCCUUCUAAUGGGGGAAGGGACCAUGCAUAAAGGGGAAGGAGUAAGAAAUUGAGCAGGGGAAAUGAGGAGACACACAAAUGUACUGGUGAAUUUUUUUUUUUAAAUCUUCAGAGUAAAGAAUGGAAUAGGAGUGAACAUAUACUGGGUGCUUGAUAAAACUGUGGUUUUAACCAGAUACUCACAAAUUAGAAGAAAGGGUGUAAUGACCGAGUAUUUAAAAUCAGCCAGAGUCAGGAAUUCAGGUUAAGGGAAAAAUCUUCAAUCUUUAUUGAAGUGAAGAAAUGAAUAAGGAUUGCGAUAGCAAUAUGGGCAAGAAAGAUUGCUAUAGCAAUAUGGGUAGCUGCGACAGGAAGCCAGCUAACAGAAGGGGAUCUGAGCUGAAAAGCCAUCGCAAUGGCAAUGCAAGCAGUCUCUCCUUCCCCUUCCAUUUCCACUCCCCUGCCUCCACCCACCAAAAUCGUCCUAUACAACACAUCAAGACUUGCACAAAGAGUGGGCGGGGGCCAUUCUUUCUCUAAGCAUAUAUAUUAAUAGAGUAUGGUCCAAUUACUAUUUAGCCUCAUGUGCUUGGGACCUCAGCACAUCAACUACAUCAGGGCAGCAAGAAAGAAUUUUAUCUAUAGUAAAAAAAAAAGGCAACUGCUAGGAAAGUAGGAAUGCUUGGAGAAUAAGAAGUGGAAUGAGGGAAGUAUUAAUUAUAUUUGUUCUCAGAAUCCCUUGCUAAUGUCACUUUAGUCCGAUAAAAGGCUGCCUGAGUCUGGGAAAAGAUAUAGAUGUUAUUUCAUGAGAUUAUUUAAAAAUAUUUGGUUUUAUUCUUUUAACCUUCCAAGGUAAUGCAUGAAACCCUGUAUACAGAUAAGGCAUGCUUAUAUGGUUGAUCCCUUUAUGACACAUAAAUAUAAUUUGUGUCCAAGAAAAUAAAGCUGAGAUUCCAAAUAAGUAGAAGCUAAGCCAAGAUACUAAUUGAAUAAGUUCAUACAGAUCACAUAUCUGUAGACUAGGAAGAUAAAUAUUGUCAUACAGAGAAAUGUCAUAACUUGGGGAUAGAUACUACCUGGUCUUUGGGAGCAAAGAGAAUUUUUCUUUCCCCUAAAAAAAAAAACCCUGAAAGUAUUGGAUGCAAAACUAAAGUGAGUAUGAGUGUGUGAAAGCUAAUCACUAACUUUCAUCAGGGAAGAGAAUCAGAGAGUUGGCUGGCAGCAUCUUCGAGUAGUUAAAUCAUUUCCAAAUUGGAAAGGUUGCUUAAAGUUGUCUGCUGCUUUAUUUGCACAAAAAUUUCUCCACAGCAAUGGGUAGUGUGGAAUAGUAAAAAGAGCACAAACUCUACAUUUGAAGGAAUUGAGCUGAAAUGUCUUUUUGAUAGUAACUACUUUUGUAUCUUGUUUAAGUACCUUAUUCAAUCUGGGCUUUACUUUCUCAACUUGUAAAAUAAGUGAAGUGGAGUACAUGGACUAUGAUGACUUUUCUAAUCCUAGAUCUGCUGUCCUAUAAUGCCUUUUAGUGGACCAAUCUUUGCCUGAAGGUUUCUAAUGAAGAAUCCCAGGACAAUAACUCUAAUUAUUAGAGAAUUUCUUCUGGUUUCAAAUUAAAUAUAUCUUUUUUCAGCUAGUAACCAAUAUUCCUUGAUGCACGCUCCAGGUACAAAUAAAAACACAUAAUAUACACAUGUAUAUUCACAUAUGUGAACACAGAUAUUAUUAUAUAUGUAUAUGUAUAUAUACAUU